AGGUGCAACCACUUCAUUGCGUACACAAUUCGUUUUUUUGCGAAAGGCAGUAUCAAAAUAGUACAAAGUCUUCGAGUUGAGUAUAUUUAUCCACUGCAAGAAACUUGCGAAAAACAGUACCAGCAAAUCAUGGCAAACGCCAGUGACGAGUCCUCCCCCUUCCGAAACCUGGUGCGUCUCCGCGGGACGAGGAAGGCUCCGAUAAUUAUGGUCCGAGAGGAGGACUUUGAGGAGUUUCAAGCGCACAAGGACUUUAAGUCCGCGCUCGCGGCCUUCCUCGCGAAGGAAGCCCGGAUCCGCACCGAGAACCGCAAAAAACGGGCCGAACUGAAACUGCAGGCGCGGCAACGCCGAGCCCAGGAGCGAGCGCAGCAUCGUGAAGCGCGGCGACAAAGGCAGGCGGCAGCGGGCGAGCAGCCCGAGGAACGGGAGGACGAGAGUUCCUCUUCUUCAGAAAGUUUCUUAUCCGACCCAGAUAAACACUUCGACGAACACAUCGCGGUUGUGCGCGCGGAAGACGAACUAGUGGUCAUUCCGCCCGUGGCGCCCUCCGACGAGAACGCGAUGGCGGAGCGGUUGAAGGAAGCUGCGCAGGGCGUUUCCUCUACUGGGGAGAGCAGUGGUGCACUAGCAGACCAAGACGUACCGGUUAUCUCUACCACGUCCGGUAGUUCCGAAGGCGAAAAUGGUGAGCACUACUGCGAAGAUAGCCAGGAAUGGAGCGGGGGUUCUGCGGGAGAGAAGAAGUCCGACAACCUGAAAAAAUGGGAGACUUUUCUCGAACAAUGCGAAAAAGCGGGGAUGGACAAAGUGCCAGAAAUGGCAAGCAGAAUGCUGCGGGAGCAACACGACCAUCAUGAAACCAGACACAGAGCACUGUUCCGGAUUGAAAGUAUCUUUCAAGGCUACACGAGGAACGCUUCCGACUCAGAUAGACACCGGUCGAUCGCCAUCGCCAAGGCGACGUUGAAUGCCGUCCCCGAGGCGCCGCAGCAAAAGGGCGGGACUUCUAGUGGAUUUACCACAACAGGUGGGCUGGUGGAGGACAGCUGGAAUAUCAUGGACGAAGAGCUGCGCUUGCUAUCGCCAACUCGUGUGGACUUCGAAAUUCUCUCCAUGAGCGGUGAGGUCAUCGCUCGCGGCGCAGCGCCGUGCUGCAAUUUACGGCUGACACGCAACAAGCGCGAUUUUUGCGAACUUCGCCCCGAACACAUUUUCCGCAGCCUGGUGCAGAAACUCUACGCCGUCUCCGUUCUCCGCUACAGCUUGAGUUUUCAAGCCCCGCAUGCACUGGCAAAAUACGCCGUCGAUGUCGGGAAACGUCUGGAAGCGGCGCUGAAACUCCCCAAAGGCACGUUUGACGAGACGGCGCUUGUGCACGACGGAGAGGUGGGAUCGGGUCCAACGGAUCAUGUUCCGUUUUGGACACCGGAGCGCCUCAAAGCACAAGAGGAAUACAUCGAGCGAGACGAUUGCAGGAUGCUCCUCGUGUUCAAGAAGCAGCACUGGAUCUACAAGUCUCAAACGGAUGAGAGCGGGGGGGACUGCGGUGAGUGGAAACGAGUCUCCUUCGGCGUGCAGGUUAGCGUGUGGCAGGGGCGGGUCAUCGCUCGCGGCUUGAUUACCCGCAGAAAGUCGGACGGGGCGAUCAUUUUGCCAACGACGUGGCGAAACCACACGGAGUUUUAUUGCUUCGAAAACAUGACGUUGUUCGACGACGAUGACUACUAUGAGGCGCCGGAAGCUGGCGGCGACGAGAGUGCGUUUUGCAGCGAAUUCCACGUGCUGCCGUCGCGCACAUACGAAAGGAAUAAAUGUGGCCGCACAGCCGAGACCACCUGGUGCGACUCCGCCGCAGAGUGCGCGGAGCAAGAAGGGGCAAACCGUGUUGGGAUUUACGUGGAGAAAGAGGCGCAGCUGCGCGCAAAGGCGGGCAGUUCGGCCGGCUCCGCAACAAAUGCGGAGGCGGCAAAGAACUGGGCGAGCCAGAGUAAAGUCUAUCCGAGCGUCGUCAUCCACGAGAACGUUGGCCUGGAUGAAGGGGACUACGGGGACUACAGAGUUACCGUUCCGCACAAGAAGACGUUCUUCCAGUGCGACUCGGACGAAAACGCGCAAGCGGUGUUUGACGAUCUCAAAAGAUUUGUCGACUUCAUCCAGGGGGCCAGCAAGGAGAAAAUUGCCGCGAAGCACUUUUCGCUUCGCAGCGUCGUGAAGGCCAUACCGUGGUUUGACCAGAAGCCAGCGAUUUCAUCCGGUCCGGUGGGAAACUGGGAACGCGACGUUAUGGGACUUGACCAGAUACGGAGCCACUACCCAAUGCGAGAUCGGAUGCGUCGUGACGAGCCGGCGGCUGCAUUGUCAGACGGCGUGUUUGCCAUCUCGAAGGCGUCCGGUGGGGAAUUGAAUCCGGACCUGGAAAAACCGUCCUUCGGCAAGGCCACGUGGGCCGACCUGGUGCGCGCCGUCUCGCAGCAUCGUGGCGUCGACGGGGAAACGAAGUUCGGCGAGCCGAUCAUGAUCCACUGGGGACCUAAAGCAGUAGUGUCGGAUGAACCUGCGGACGCGGAGGAAGAUGCGUCGGAUGAAGAGGACGACCGGUCUGACGGUGGCGAGUCGUUGCUAUCGUACGGUAACGAAACGCCGCCCUCCGCCCGGGGAAGAGCGAGGCGAGCUAAUGAUAACGUCAGGGCGGCGGGAGAACAUAUGGGCGACGCAGACUGGCUAGUAGGGUUACUUGGGCCUGGCUAGCAGGGUUACUUGGGUAGAGCGGUUCACUUUUGAGUACUGAUGAAAAAGGGGUCUUCGGCUCGGCGGCGAGACUUUCCAGUAAGUAGGUCCCUUUACAGCUGUUCGAGCAUGUAUGAUUUUUGUUUGAAAAUUAUUCAUCUUCUUUUGUGAUCAUUAUUUGAGAGAAAAAUAGUAGCAAUGUAAGACCAACCGCCGCAAUUUGACUUUUGUGUUUAUAUCGUUAAUCUUUAUCUUGUUACGUUCUUCCCCAGAAGACUAUGUGUGUCUAGAGUUUGGGUGCGAUUCUCCGGUAAAAGUUUUAGAAUUAGGUUCGCAGAAUAUAUAUACGUCGGAUAAGAAUAAAUCAGAAGGAAAACCAUUCGCAUGACAGCAGAGUAUGGUGAAUCAGGUCCAGGAAGUUUUUGGGAUCACGUCUGAGGAUAUUGAAAUAUGACGCUCGGAAAUCGGUUCGGGCUGAAUCAAUACCACGACGUGAAAGCUUGUUUAUGAAUCUCAGCACUCAAGCGAAUCUUUGAAGCACUAAAGCGACGCACAAAGGACGGCGAAG